ACCCUCUAAAUCACAAAUUGUCAAAACCCCAAAUUGGACAAAUUCACAAAACGAGAACUGCCCCAAAUUUCCAUCUGAUCAACAAACAAACAUGGACAAACUAGACAAGCUAAAAAUGGCAUCAUCAUCACUAGGCGAACGAUUAAAAACAGGAGGAGCCCAAAUGAGUCGAAUAGUAAGCGCAAAAAUGAAAGAAAUUCUACAGGGUCCAACACCAGAAUCGAAAAUGGUAGACGAGGCGACAUUAGAAACUAUGGAAGAACCUAAUUGGAGUUUAAACCUCCGAAUUUGCGGUAUGAUUAAUAGUGAAGAGUUUAGUGGUACGGAGAUUGUUAAGUCGAUUAAGAAGAAGUUGGUUAUGUCGAAGAGUGUGGUGACCCAGAGGUUGAGUUUGGAUUUGCUUGAGACUUGUACGUCGAAUUGUGAGAAGGUUUUUUCUGAGGUGGCGUCUGAGAAAGUGUUGGAUGAUAUGGUUAAAUUGAUUGAUGAUCCGAAAACUGAUAGUGGGAAUCGAAUUAAGGCUAUGGAGUUGAUUUCUGCUUGGGGAGAAUCGGAGGAGCUCAGUUACUUGCCCGUGUUUCGUCAAACUUACAUGAACUUGAAGAGGCAAUAUCCCCUGGAGUCGCAUAUGAAUGAGCAGCUACUCUCACCACCUGAAAGCUACCCUAUUCCUGAUACAGUGUUGCGGAAUCAUGAGCGUUCCACUUACAUUGGUGAAUCCGCUGAAGAGAAGAAGGAAUUUCUUGUAGUAACACGGAACCGUCUUGAGAUCCUUUCCAGCAUAUUGAAUUCUGAACUUGAGCCUAAGCCCAUCAAGGAUGAUCUGGCAGUGAGCAUGUUGGAGAACUGCAAGCAGUCUUUGGCAGUUAUACAAAGAAUUGUGGAAUCGACCUCAGGGGAUGAAGGAUUGAUGUUUGAAGCUUUAAAUCUUCAUGAUGAGCUUCGACAAGUCAUUUCCAGGUACAAGGAGAUGGAAGCAGCUCUAGACUCGGAAGAAAGGCUGCCUAAAACAUCUGAAAAUGGAAGUGGCCUGCCCAAUACAGCUCCAGAGUCGGGAGAAAGACUGCCUAAAACACCUGAAAAUGGAAGUGGCCUGUCUAAUGUUGCUAAUACCAGUGAAGCCAAUUUAGAGAUGCUGUCUUUAAAUGCAAGUGAAAGUCAUGUUGUUGCACCUACAAAAGGAGAAAACAGUCCGUCACUCCAUGAGGAUGUGAAGCCGGGUAUUUCAGGGGAGGAAAAGCUCGACUAGAAUAGGUAAAGCAGGUGUAGUAGUGUCUCUUCUUUUCCCCUUCUAAUUUACAAGUUAAUAUAGUUUUGCAGUUUGUUAACAAGUGGAUCUGUUUUUGUGUAUAUGUAUUACUGGGUAUAAUUUGCAAACAUCAGCUUGUAAUAACUACUAGUUCAUGGGAUUUUAAAUUAUAAUUUCUGAAGUGUUACUUCAUCAUCAGUUAA